AUGGGGAAAUUUCUGCACGUCCUGAUGCGACGACAAAACGGUGCUAAAACGAGAAGUCGUGAAAAACGAAUCACGCAAAACAAUGCUCCAAAGAAUAUCCCUCCAGCAGGAGUUUAUCAGGCUGUCUCACAAAACUUCAAGAUGGAUUUGCCUCCUGGAACGUUGCAGUCUGAUAUAGAUCAGAUGGUCUUCAAGUCAGAUUGGACAUUAAACCCACAGUGGGAAGUCCGACUGGUUGGAGUAAAGACAAAGCGUGGCUGGGAGUAUGUAUUCAGGCAUAGAGCGACGGGUAAAGAGUAUGAUGAAGUGGAUCUGCUCCGUUAUCGCCAUUCUUGGGCGGACAUGAGUGAAAAACAACGACAAGAGAGAUUAGCAAAAGGAACUUCCCCAUAUCUGGGAGGGGGAGGCGGGAUCCGAAGAGGAUAG